AUGGUUGACGUUGUGCUAUAUACGGACGAGCAGCCAGAGAAGCAAUCGGCUGCACGAUUCUGCUCAAAGAGGAGGAUAUCAACAGGAAGUUGCGGUGAGAGUCCGGCGAAAAUUGUACGACAUCUACGCGAUCAGUUGGAAUGUACAAAUAUUUUCAGGAAGAUUCAGAUCUUGGAAGGUGAGGGCAUUUUUCGAAGUGUUCUAAACACGGGGUUAUUUACAACAGGGCAAUUUUCGGCAAUUUUUUCUAUGGGUAGAUAG